AUGGUUACCAGCAAAAACCAAGAUGCCUGUAAAAUCACUCUGGAUCCAAAGUCAGCACACAGAAACCUCGAACUGUCUGACAACAACAAGAGAGUGGAAACAGUGGACGAGCAGCAGCCGUAUCCUGAUCAUCGAGAAAGAUUUGAUACCUUCUGUCAGCUGCUGUGUAGAAAUGGUCUGACUGGGCGCCGAUACUGGGAGGUCGAGUGGAGAGGAAAGGUUGAUAUAGCAGUGUCUUACAUCAUGAUCAGGAGGAAGGGAUACAGCAGGACCUCCAGGUUUGGAGGGAACAAUCAGUCCUGGUGUCUGAGCUGCUCUGAUGAUUGUUACUCUGUCUGGCACAACAACACAGAGACGAUCACUCCUCUCCCUCCCUCCUCCAUCUCUCACAGAGUAGCAGUUUAUCUGGACUGUCCUGCUGGCACUCUGUCCUUCUACAGAGUCUCCUCUAAUAAACUGAUCCUCCUCCACACCUUCAGCACCACAUUCACUGGACCUCUGUAUCCUGGGUUUAGAGUCUGGACUGGUUCAGUGACUAUAUGUCCAGAGACUGCUGCAGAGUCACAAUGAUGACUGAAGAAUGCCCUUUUAAUCCAAACGAGAGCUCAUUCACACUAUAGCCUGUGACACUAGCAAACUGAAUAACUGAUCAGGAAGGCUGGCACUGUGCUUUUGUUAUGCAAAAGUAUCUGGAUGAACCAAAGGUAAUUUUGAGCAGAGUAGGUAGUUUUUACUAAUGAUGUGUUGAUUGCAAAAAAGUGGACUAUGAUCACUCUGUGAACGAUGGGAGUUAGCUCCUGUCUGAGAACAAAUCUCUUUUUCUCUUUGUCUUUUUUUGUUAAUACGAGACAGAGUAAAAGGAUGGUCUUUUUGCCAUCCUGAUCAGCCACAUGUAGCUUAUUGCACAGACUGAAUGUUGUGUUGAUGUGUCAUGUGACCAGUCAUGAGUGAUGACGGACAUCAUUUAAUACACGUGUGUAACACUGUUUGAUUGUUUUACAUUCAUGUUUUUAUACAAAACAACUGUAAAAGAAUGAUGUUGUGGAAAUUAUUGGAUGAAGUAUAAAAUAUUGCUAAAUUUAACUGAAUCAUCAAAGCUGGAAUUGGUACCAAAUGAAGAGCCAUUUGAGAGCCAAAAGAGUCCAGAAGGAUCCAUCUGCAGCCUCCAAGUCUCCUAUUUUAUAGUAACGUGACGUUGUACACCCAGCACUGCUGAAUAAAACACCUACUACAACACGCAGCUACUAAGCUACCAUUAGUUGGUUUAAUGCCAAUGUAUUUGAUAUUUAGCAGACUUUACCUGAAACAUGGCAACUGUCCAUGGACUGUAUAUUGUGUAUGUGGUCCGUGAGCAUAUUAUACAGUUUUGUGUCCAUUUGAACACAUGCAAGGAGAAACUACACAUAGUUGGGAAAACAUGAUUUGAUAAGUUUACAUGAAAUAGGGCAGUUUAACAUCAACUGCACUCUGGUAGUUCUCCACACUAGACUCAAACACAGCACCUCUGACCCUCUGAUCCACCUCCACACCUUCAACACCACAUUCAAUGAACCAGUCGACCCUGGGUUUGGGUUCCUGUUUGGUUCUUCAGUGUCACUGCACGAUAUAAAUGUAUAUAUGUAUAUAUAAAUAUAUAAAACGGUAUAAAGUGUGCUUAAUUCUUGUGUUAUUUAAAUAAUAUUUGUCAGUAACUGGGUAUUCAGCAUUUAAGAAACUGUUAAAAGUGAAGAUAACUGAUCAAGUAGAUGAAAUUAAAAUUAUUUUAUUUUUAUAUCUGUUUUUCUCUGGAAUUUAUUUCGUCGGGCAUCGUAAAUAUAAGAUUUUCAUAUAUAUAGUAAAUAUCUGUCUUGUUUUUGCUAUGAUUUUCUCUGUUUUGCUAUGUGAUAAAAACAACUUUCCCAAGUGAGAACAAUAAAAAGAUGAAGCCAGUAA